AAGUUACGGCAUUGCCGGAGGAUUUUUGUACAUAAACACCGUUCAAAAUGGCAGCCCCCAUACAGCAAUGUGAAAAACCGAACAGACCCGAGUUGAAUGAAAACUGCAGGAUAUCUUACAUAUUGUCCUUGUAGAUCUUAAAGACACAAGAUGGAAACUGUUGAAUUAAGUGUGUUAUCUACUUUGGAAUUUCACCAGAAAUGCAAGAUGAGUUUGGAUAUAUUCAGAACUUUGGGUGUAAACAUCGGAUCAUUUGUUGAAAUAAAGACAAACAAUAAGACAUGUAUUUGUUCAGCUUGGCCGGACCAGGAGUAUGCUUCAAAUACAAUAACAUUUAAUAAAUCAGUUAAUAGUUGUGGCUUUACAAAUUCAAAAAGCCAUUGUAUUGGUGAAAAUGUGAAGAUGAUGUUAAAAGGUGCUGAUAACUUACUGAAUGAGUCAUGCAUUGAAAAGGUUCCCUUGAAGAAUGAGUCAUGCAUUGAAAAGGUUCCCUUGAAAGAUGAAAAUGUUAUAAAAGCUUUGAAUACUACAAAUGCUCUUGAAAUAUUUGUAGAUGUGGUGUUUUUAAAUCCUGGAAAGGUAAGGGAAUGUAAGAAGAACCGUGGAUUUUUGGAGCAUAUAGUUACAUAUUGCAGGAAUUUGCUUUUUAGAUUUUGUGUAAGAGAUUCUUUCAUUAUCAAAUGCCAGGCAUCUAGACUGGCACAAAGUUAUGGAAUAUCUGAUAUAAUAAUAAAUCAUGUUACAUCUGACAAUAAAUCUAAUGAUGAUACAGGAUUUGUAAUUAGUAAGUUAACAAAGGUGACUGUUGAAACAGUUCACAGUAAGGAAUGGUUUGAUCAGAUGGUAGAGACAAAGCAAACUUUAAACAAACCGGGAGGGUUAGAUAAUGUAAUCAACAUGUUACUAGACUUGAUCAAAUUACCACUGCAACAGAAAGACAAGUUUAGACAAUUAGGUGCCCACCCACCUCGUGGAAUUUUGCUAUAUGGACCUCCAGGCUGUGGUAAAACAUCAUUAGUCAAAUAUGUUUGUGCUGUAAAUGGUAUAUUUCUUGUGACAAUCAAUGGACCAGAGAUAUUUGGCCCACGUCCCGGAGAGACAGAGGCAAAUAUAAGGGCAGUAUUUGAGAAGGUGACUGUAAUGAGUGAGGAAGGGCCCUGUGUACUGUUUGUAGAUGAGAUUGAUUCAUUAUGUCCAGGACGAGGAGGUGCUGGUAAUGUAAAUGAAGCUCGAGCUACAGCUCAGUUUCUAACAUUAUUGGAUGGUUUAUCACAGGAUAGUAAUAUACUGGUCAUUGGAGCUACUAAUAGACCAGCUGUGUUGGAUACUGCUCUACGUAGACCCGGUCGACUGGACAGAGAGGUUGUAAUAAAUCCACCAAAUCAACAACAAAGACUGGAAAUUCUCAGGUCACAGAUCAAGGGCAUACCACUAUGCAAUGAUAAUGUUAAUCUUGAUGAGUUAGCAGAGGUGACCAAUGGUUAUGUUGGUGCUGACCUUGCGUCUCUGUGCCACGAGGCAGCAUACGUCGCCAUGUCAGAGACGGCAGCUGGUCAUAACACAAUGGUGAAUCAGAGUCACUUUAAUAUAGCAGUAAAGAAAAUACGGCCAUCUUUACAGAGAGGAGCAGAAGGGGUAGUAGAUCUACGACCAGUCUACUGGGAUGAAAUAGGAGGCCUGGACACAGUCAAGAAACAAAUAAAACAAGCUGUAGAGUGGCCAUUACAGUAUCCAGAGGCAUUUGAACGUAUGGGAUUAAAGCCCCCUCGAGGUGUGUUAUUGUACGGUCCCCCAGGCUGCUGUAAGACAACCUUGGUUCGAGCUGCAGCAACUUCUUGUCAUUCUACAUUCCUGUCUAUCAGUGGAGCUCAACUUUAUUCACCCUAUGUCGGAGACUCAGAGAAACUUAUAUCUGAGGUAUUUCAGAAAGCAAGAGUGUGUGCACCGUCAAUUUUGUUUUUGGACGAGUUGGACUCUAUUGUAGGUAAGAGGUCGGAAUCUGGUCAUCGUGGAGUUCAGGAACGUAUUCUUUCAACACUGUUAAAUGAGAUGGAUGGUAUUGGUGUGAGACUCGGGGAAGGUGCCGGAUCAAGCUCCCAGCAGAAAACACUUGAGGGCCAGUCACCUCCUGUAGAAGCUGAUGUAAAAACUGGUGAUAAAACAGUGGAUAACAGGUCAGUGUUAGUUGUAGCAGCAACAAAUAGGCCAGAUCUUAUAGAUGAUGCUUUAAUGCGCCCAGGACGUAUGGAUAGAAUCAUUUAUGUUCAACAUCCAGAUAUACAGGCAAGGAGAGACAUUUUACAACUGUACACAAAAAAUAUGGUUUUACAAAACUGUGACCUUGACGUAUUAGCUGAGAGAACAGACAUGUAUACAGGUGCUGAUCUGGAGUCCUUGUGUAGAGAGGCUGCCCUGUUUGCUCUAACAGAGAACAUAGAAACAUGUACUGUAUGUGCGGAACAUUUCGAGAAAGCUUUAAGAAGUGUGCCUGCUUCACUUAACAUUCAACUUAUAGAGAAAUACUCUUCUGCAGCAGAUAGCAUGAAAACUGGCAAGAUUAGAGGUGGAAAAAGCUGACGUCUGAAUACAGGACAUUAACACUGGCAAGAUAAGAUGUGGAAACAGCCGACAUCUGAAUACAGGGCAUUAACACUGGCAAGAUUAGAGGUGGAAAAAGCCGACGUCUGAAUACAGGGUAUUAACACUGGCAAGAUUAGAGGUGGAAAAAGCUGAUGUCUAAAUACAUUGCAUCAACACUAGCAGGAUUAGAGGUGGAACAAGCUUGUUUAUGAACUUAUAAGAAUUUUCUUAAGCUAGCAUUUAAAGAGCUAAGAAUUCAGUGGGUUCAGUUAUUAUUUGCAGAUUUGUCCUAAAUCAUAAAUGGCUCAUUGGUGAAAGCUACAGCUUGUCACAGGAAUAGGAACUUCAUGCUUUCCAGUCUUGUGAUUAAAUUGGAGAUCAGAUGCCUAUGUGCCAACUAUGAAAUUCACCAGCUUCAUCAUGCAAAUAACAUUUUAAUAAACAAGAAUUUUCAUUAAGCUUCUUGUUAGUAUAAACCUCUAGUUUGUAGCAAUAUCUUUGACAGGAUCUUAAGUUGGUUACUCUUUAUUUUUCCAGGCUACCAUAAUCAGUUCUAAUAUCUUUCUAGAAAAAAUUUCACUACAUGUACUUCUAUUCAUAUUCAAAGUUGUUUGCUCUAAACAAACCUAAAUUUUUCCUGAAUGCCACCUAACAGGGGGCUAUCUUACUUU